AUGAGGAACUGGCAACAGCUCGCCCUCCUGCUUUUCUUUCUUUCUGUAGUUAACGGAUGUUUUCUUAAUUCUUGCCCAUACAGAAGAUACGGCCGCACUCUUCGUUGUUCACAGUGCGAACACUACCAUACCUCCAUUAUAGAGUUGCGCAUCACCUGUGCUAUCUUAUCUCAAUAUAGCAAAUUUCGUAACCUUCUGCAACAAGCGCACUGUUUUCCUACUAAUAAACAUCACUAUCAUCGAAAGUGUUUGCGAGUGGUUCGCGUGAAUCCUCCUGUAAUGCGGCUCAAUGUACGCAAAAAAACCCUACAUUUUCAGCAUCAUUUUGUUUUUCUGGAUUUGCAAACAUCUCUUUUGAUGCGUUAG